AAAUUUAGUAGUCUGUGGUCGUAGAUGGUUUAUUGAUUAUAUGAGAGUGGUGAUAAAAUACAAAACAAUAUUAAUAGUUGUUGUGGUUCAUUUGUUGCUGCAGCAAAGAGUAUAGUUUUUUGCUACCAUUACUGCGGUAUGAUCCAGUGAAACUGCGCUUUUUCAUUUUUUGUUCCAUAAACUAUUCCGAAAAUGUUUAAUCAAAGCUCUUUGGGGGCGUUCGGGUCUAACACGACCUCCAGUAACGCGAAUCCCAUGAAAGACUACGAAGUUGUCCAACCUCCUGAUGAUUCCGUCAGCUCGUUGGCUUUUUCGCCGGCAAGCCUGCCGCAAAACUUCCUUAUUGCGGGCAGUUGGGACAACAAUGUACGAUGCUGGGAAAUUGAGCAGACUGGUACAAGCAUUCCCAAGUCCAUACAAUCCUGCGGCGCUCCCGUUUUAGAUGUCGCCUGGAGUGAUGACGGAACUAAGGUUUUUAUGGCCGGCUGCGAUAAACAGGCCAAAAUGUGGGAUUUAAAUUCCAAUCAGGUAGUGCAGGUUGCAGCUCAUGAUGCCCCCAUAAAAACUUGCCAUUGGAUCAAAGCACCAAACUAUUCUUGCUUGAUGACGGGAUCCUGGGACAAAACUUUGAAAUUCUGGGAUACCAGGAGUCCUACUCCUAUGAUGGGUAUUAAUCUGCCUGAGCGCUGUUACUGUGCUGAUGUUGAUUUCCCUAUGGCUGUUGUUGGCACAGCUGGUCGGCAGAUUAUAGUUUAUCAGCUCGAAGGAAAACCCCAAGAGUUUAAAAAGCUGGAUAGCCCUUUGAAGUAUCAGCACAGAUGUGUUGCCAUUUUUAGGGAUAAAAAGAAAUCACCUACCGGCUAUGCAUUGGGUUCGGUGGAAGGUCGAGUAGCCAUCCAGUACGUAAAUCCUUCUAAUCCUAAAGACAACUUUACAUUUAAAUGUCACCGGUCUAAUGGGACACCGAAUGGGUACCAAGACAUUUACGCUGUCAAUGACAUUGCUUUCCAUCCUGUUCACGGUACCCUCGCGACGGUGGGUGCUGAUGGUUCCUUUAGCUUUUGGGACAAAGACGCGCGUACAAAGCUCAAAGCCUCAGAGUUGAUGGAACAGCCAAUAUCAAGGUGUGCUUUCAACCAUAAUGGGCAGAUAUUCGCAUACGCUGUGAGCUAUGAUUGGAGCAAGGGUCACGAAUUUUAUAAUACCCAGAAGAAGAAUUACAUUUUUUUGAGGUCUUGUUAUGAUGAGCUGAAACCGAGGACUUCUUCUUAGGUUAUGGAAUAUAUAUUUUUUGCAUUUUCAGGCUGACUUUAAUAGCAAUGUAAUGGAUAUGGAUAUAUUUAAUAAAUUUGAAGGAUAACA